AUGGGUAUGUGUUUGGGUAGAAGAAAAAGCAUGGAAUUUCCAGAAAACAAUAUAAGAAACAUGGAACAACCGAAACAAUAUUCCGUACCUAUAAUCUUCGUAAUCGGUGCACCAGGCGUUGGUAAACGCGACUUGGGUAGAAGACUAUCCGCAAAAUAUGGUUUCUUCAUGAUUUCGACAAGGGAUUUGCUGAAGCAGGAAAUCGAAAAUGGUACGGAAAAAGGUCAGAAAUUUGAGAGUAUCAUGAAAGAAGGGCAAAACGUUCCAGCGAGUGACGUUGUUCCUAUGGUCGAAGAACAGAUGAUGAGUCAGCCUAAUGCCAUGGGAUUUCUUAUUGUUGGUUUUCCUCGAGACGAGGGACAAGCGACGAUGUUCAACGAAGAAGUGAAACAGCCGACGUUGGUGCUCCAUUUGCAAGUCAAAAGGGACGUCCUAGUUGAAAGGGCGAAAAAUGGAACGGCUAAGAAUGAUCAAAAUUCGUCGAAGCUUUCAGGGCAAAUUAAUUCCUACAUCGACACGAUUUCUUCUGUUAUCGAACCAAACAAGACGGUAACCGCGGUGAUUGAUGCGAAUGAAAAGAACAAAGAUGAGAUUUUUCAAGCUGCCGAGAAGGAAAUAGAUAAUCAUACGAAGAAAUCUGAAACAUAA